ACAUAACCAGAUAAAAUGUUAAGUUAGAUUUGUAGAAAAACAAAAUUAUUUUCGGAUCAAAUAUGAAAGUUGAUAUUUUUCAAAUAUGAACAGUUGAUUUUAUUUUUUCACAAUGAGCCUUAUUCUAGUUGUCGAAGUAGAGCGACAAUUGUCGUCACGACUUGAAUUUGGUAUUCUAAAUGGCGAUUACAGUGACACGUGUCGUGGAAUAGCGGGAAAAUGUGUUUCAGGUAUAUUCCAGUUGUCGUUGUAGAGCGACAAAUGUCGUAGUGAAACGACGUUUUUUGUCGAAAUGUAUUUAACAAGUGACAAGCGAGAUGGAUACACCAAAAAUCGUAAAAGUAACAACAAGGAAGCAAUUUGAAGAAUUGGGGAAUUUUAUGACGGAGAACGCCUUUAUUGCGAAAGGCCUUAAAUUUGCUGAGAAUAGCUGCAUAAGCAAAUGCGAGUUUGAUGCAAAAUGGAACCAGCUAACAGAAAAGCUUAAUAGCUUGGGUCCGCCCAUUAGAAGUACUACAGGAUGGCAGAAGGUUUGGUGUGACUACAAAUUGAAGUUAAAAAAAAAACUGGCGCACAACAAAAAGGAAUUAAAUUCAACUGGCGGUGGUUUAUUUAAAUUAGCGCAACUAACUGCCAUGGAUGAAGGAAUCAUCAGGGUACUUGUUUUUCCCUCAAAUAUAUUUAGUAAAUAUAGAAAGGCCUCCUUUGAAAGUCUGUAAUAGCUUAUAAAUCUGUGAAUAAAAUAAAAUGUUUGUAACUAA